CUCUUUCGUUUACAAGAAAAGAAGAAGAAGAAGAAGAAGAAAGAAGAAGAAGAAGAAGAAGAAGAAGAAGGAAUAUAUUCCUAAUUUCUGAAACCUCUCUCCACCGCCUUCUUCGUUUUCAGUUCAAUCCCCUCCCAACCCAGAAAAGGAGGGGGAGGAAAAAGAACCCUCCUGAUUUCUCUGGGAUUCUUGAUCUCAUUCGAUUCUUUCUUCCGGGAAAAGUCUUGUCAUUUUCCCGGAUUUUUACUGACGCGGAACUGGGUCAAAUGAUCCUUACUUUCUCUUUCUUCGAUUCCGCAAGUUAGUUCAGACUCUCUUUGUUUCUGGGUUUUGUUUGUAUUCCGCACUUCGAUCCAUUCAUCAUCCUUUCUGCUCCGGAGAUUUUGUGUUUUUUCGAUUUUCAAGAUGAGAAACGAAGAGAUUGGGAUGGGAACUUUUAACUAUUCAUCGGAUAACAACAAUAGUUCCGACACGGAAAGCGUCGGCAGCGACGGCCGCACAGCCUUCAGCGGGCCGCUCGGAUCGGCCCUUCGCAGCUCCAAGCGAGGCUCAAGAAAGAGCGCGAGAUUCAACAUCCCUGCGGAGACGGCGGGGCUCCGGAGUGCCGGCGCCACCUCGAAAGACGAGCAGGAAGAUGGCGACCCGUACGUCGAGAUCACCCUCGACAUACGGGACGACGGCGUCGCCGUCCACAGCGUGCAGGCCGCCGGCGGGGCGACCAACUUCGAGGACCCUGAGCUGGCGCUGCUCGCGAAGAGGACGUUCGAGACCCGGAGGUCGUCGUCGUUUGGGUCGUCCGUCUUCCGGAGCACCUCGUCCCGUUUCCGGCAGGUCUCGCAGGAGCUGAAGCGCAUCGCCUCCCUGACGCGGCGGCCGACGGCACCACCGGCGAGGCGCUUCGACCGGACGAGGUCGGCAGCGGCGCACGCGCUCAAGGGCCUCAAGUUCAUAGCCGCCAAGACGGGCGGCGGCGGCGGCGGCGCUGGCUCCGCCGCCUCUGGGUGGCCGUCGGUCGAGAAGAAAUUCGACCAGUUGACCGCUUCGUCCGGCGGCCUCCUGCAUUGUUCCCAGUUCUGUGAAUGCAUAGGAAUGAACAAAGAGUCUAAGGAAUUUGCGACCGAGCUCUUUCGAGCACUCGCGCAGAGGCGCAACAUAUUUAGCGACUCCAUCACCAAGGAUCAGCUCAAGGAAUUCUGGGACCAAAUUAGCGACGAGAGCUUCGACUCGAGGCUGCAAACUUUCUUCGACAUGGUGGACAAAGACGCGGAUGGGAGAAUCGCGGAGGAAGAAGUCAGAGAGAUCAUCACCCUGAGCGCAUCGGCGAAUAAGCUGUCAAAUAUCCAGAAGCAAGCCGACGAAUAUGCAGCUCUCAUCAUGGAGGAAUUGGACCCUGAUAAUAAGGGAUACAUCAUGGUUCAGAACCUGGAAACACUGCUCUUGCAAGCUCCGAACCAGUCCGUGAGAGUCGGAGAGAGCAAAGUCCUGAGCCAGCUACUGAGCCAGAAGCUGAAACCGACCAUCGACAACAACCCAGUCCGCCGAUGGUGUGAGCACGCCAAGUACUUCCUGAUGGACAACUGGAAGAGGCUGUGGGUCAUGGUGCUGUGGAUUGCGAUCAUGGCGGGCCUCUUCACCUACAAGUUCAUCCAGUACCGGAACAGGGCGGCAUUCGGCGUGAUGGGCUACUGCGUCUGUGUUGCCAAGGGCGGUGCCGAGACAGUCAAGUUCAACAUGGCCCUCAUCCUGUUGCCCGUUUGUCGAAACACCAUCACAUGGCUUAGGAACAAGACCCGGUUGAGUGUUGCGGUCCCCUUCGACGACAACCUGAACUUUCACAAGGUGAUCGCGGCAGGGAUAGCUGUCGGGGUCGGGUUGCAUGUAAUCUCGCAUUUGACGUGCGACUUCCCAAGGCUCCUACUCGCGAGCCCCGAGGCGUACGAGCCCAUGAAGCCCUACUUCGGCGAUAAGCAGCCCCCGAACUACUGGUGGUUCGUGAAAGGAGUGGAGGGCGUGACGGGGAUCCUGAUGCUGGUUCUGAUGGCGAUCGCCUUCACGCUGGCCAUGCCGUGGUUCAGGAGGAGCAAGAUCAACGUGCCCGGGCCCUUAAAGAAGCUCACGGGCUUCAACGCCUUCUGGUACUCGCACCACCUCUUCGUCAUCGUCUACACGCUGCUCAUCGUCCACGGGAUCAAGCUCUACCUCGCCCACGAAUGGUACAAGAAGACGACAUGGAUGUACUUGGCAGUGCCGGUGACCCUCUAUGCGUGUGAAAGGUUGAUCCGGGCUUUCAGGUCCAGCAUCAAGCCGGUGAAGAUUCUCAAGGUGGCGGUUUACCCGGGGAAUGUACUGGCACUGCACAUGUCGAAGCCCCAUGGGUUCAAGUACAGAAGUGGGCAGUACAUGUUCGUAAACUGCUCGGCUGUUUCUCCCUUUGAAUGGCACCCUUUCUCGAUCACUUCGUCCCCGGGAGACGACUACCUCAGCGUCCACAUUCGGACAUUGGGAGAUUGGACAAGGCAACUGAAAAGCGUAUUCUCGGAGGUAUGCCAACCUCCAUCCGUUGGGAAAAGUGGACUGCUGAGAGCUGAUUGCGUUCCAGGAGGAAGCAUCCCACGCUUCCCAAAGAUACUGAUAGACGGUCCAUACGGAGCCCCAGCACAAGACUACCAAAAGUAUGAGGUAGUGCUCCUGGUGGGGCUAGGGAUCGGCGCCACGCCCAUGGUGAGCAUCGUGAAGGACAUCAUCAACAACAUAAAAGUCAAAGAAAACGAGCAAGACCACAUGGGCUCGUUGGAGAGUGGAGGACGACCCGUCUCGCCACUAACCCCGGACGACAGCAACAGCCACUAUCCCAAGGCGGGCCACAGGAGCAGCCAUGGCAGAGGAGCGUUCAAGACCAGGAAGGCCUACUUCUACUGGGUGACCCGGGAGCAGGGCUCGUUCGAGUGGUUCAAGGGGAUCAUGGAUGAGGUGGCCGGGAUGGACGAGCGGCAGGUCAUCGAGCUCCACAACUACUGCACGAGCGUGUUCGAGGAGGGCGACGCCCGGUCGGCCCUCAUCGCGAUGCUCCAGACCCUCAACCACGCGAAGCACGGGGUCGACGUCGUGUCCGGGACCCGGGUCAUGUCCCACUUCGCCAAGCCCAACUGGCGCCAGGUCUACAAGAAGAUCGCGCUGCACCACCCCGACAAGCGAGUUGGAGUCUUCUAUUGUGGGGCGCCGGCGUUGACAAAGGAGUUAAAUCACUUGGCUCUGGAUUUCUCUCGCAAGACAUCCACCAAGUUCGACUUCCAUAAGGAGAACUUUUGAAGAAGCUUUGAAGACUUAGGAGCAAAGAGAUAAGGCAGGAAAAAUUGUAUAAAUAAAGUCAAGAGUGAAGGAUAUAUCGGUUAACUACAAUCAAUUCAAUUCUUGUACAGCGACGUCGCUCCCGUAGAGAAUCGGUAACGUAAUUUUUUGCGUAAGCACAUACUAAUUCUGGGAUUCAUUUGUCCCCGCUUGGGAUUGGGAUGAUGCACCUUCAUAUUAAAUUUAAGCUGACCCAAAAGCCUUAUUGCAAAUGUAGAGUUAGGUAUAGGAAGUUAUUUCAUCAUGUAAUACCGAUCAGAUGUGUAUACCCAAAGUUUAUAAUAUCAUUUCUUAGUUCAUUUUUCUA